GCCGGCGCGGCUGGCGGCGGGCAUGCAGACCGCGAAGACAGCGUGCGAUUGGCCGGCAUGGGCGGGGCGGCCGGCGCCCUGGUUCCUGCGCCCCGGCGGGCGAUGGCGGCCGGCGGCUGGCGCUGGCUGCGUGGCCUCUGGGCCGCGGGGCAGCCCCUGUUCCAAGGCCGUGCGCUGCUCGUCACCAACACGCUGGGCUGCGGCACUCUCAUGGCAGCCGGGGACGGCGCGCGCCAGUCCUGGGAGAUCCGCGCCCGGCCCGGCCAGAAGUUCGACCCCCGGCGCUCAGCGAGCAUGUUUGCGGUGGGCUGCAGCAUGGGCCCCUUCCUGCACUACUGGUACCUCUGGCUGGACCGCCUGCUCCCCGCGUCCGGCCUCCGCGGCCUCCCCAACGUCCUCAGGAAGGUCCUCGUGGACCAGCUGGUGGCCUCUCCCCUGCUGGGCGUCUGGUACUUCUUGGGCCUUGGCUGCCUGGAGGGCCAGACCCUGGAUGAGAGCUGCCAGGAGCUGCGGGACAAGUUCUGGGAAUUCUACAAGGCCGACUGGUGCGUGUGGCCCGCUGCGCAGCUGGUGAACUUCCUCUUCGUGCCUGCCCCGUUCCGAGUCACCUACAUCAACGGCCUGACGCUGGGCUGGGACACAUACCUCUCCUACCUGAAGUACCGGGUGAGCGCGGUGGGCGGCCCAGGCCCCCAGGGGACUCCUCAGGGGCCACACGAGGGCAGUACAACCAUCCUCCAGGGUGAGGGCCUCCUGUGCCCACGACACCCGCACCCCACGGUGGGCAGACAGGGAGCUGACGGCCAAGAGGGUUCAGACUGAGCCUAGCUCUGCUGUGAUGUGA